AUGUCUUGUAAAUGCAAAUUUAAUAAAGAAAUUGAAUAUUGUUGUUAUCAUUAUCCUGAAUUGAUUAAUAAAAAACAAAAUGUUGAUGAAUCACAUAUUACUUUUAUUAUGUCUUUCGAACAAGCAUUAAUACAAUAUUAUUCAAGAAAUCCACAACAAAUAACUCAUGAAGAAAUUUUAACACCAAAUUUAGAUAUUUUUAAUCGAUUAAAACAAGAAAUUGAAAGAACACAAAGACCUGAUGCGAUAAAAUUAAUUGAUAAUGAAUAUUUUGAUAAAAAAAUA